AUGAAUGCCAGCCUUUUGCUUGCAUACAAUCAGCCAGAAUUGAUUCUCAUGUCAUGCCUAUUUGCAAGGGAACUUAGAAAGAGUGAGAAAGUCUGGAUAUUGGGCGGGCAGCUGGUGGAGAAAGGUGGGGUGAAUCUCUUGUUUGCAGCAUUCUGUUCUCACUGCUUCUUCUAUCUUGACCCGGGCUUUUAUUUCUACUUACCAGAUGUAGAUGAAUGUGCCAAUUCCAAAAGUUGCCCAGAGCAUUCGACUUGCCAUAACAGUCUUGGAAGCUACUCUUGCGUCUGCAACCCAGGAUAUGUAUCCAGAAGUGGAAAGAAGAGUUUCCAGGGACCAGGGGAGACGUGUCAAGAUAUAGAUGAAUGUUCUCAAAAGCCCCCACCUUGUGGUCCUAACUCAGUCUGCAGAAACUUGCCAGGAAAGUAUGAGUGCAGCUGUCUGACUGGUUUCUCUUCUCCCACCGGAAAUAACUGGAUCCCUGGAAAGCCGGGAAAUUUCACCUGUAAAGACAUUAAUGAAUGCCUCUCCCGUGGGGUCUGCCCUGAGCAUUCUGAGUGCACCAACUCUUUGGGAAGCUACCGUUGCAGCUGCAAAGUUGGAUUCACCUCUAAAAACUCCAUCUGCGAAGAUGUGGAUGAAUGUGCCAAUUCCAAAAGUUGCCCAGAGCAUUCGACUUGCCAUAACAGUCUUGGAAGCUACUCUUGCGUCUGCAACCCAGGAUAUGUAUCCAGAAGUGGAAAGAAGAGUUUCCAGGGACCAGGGGAGACGUGUCAAGAUAUAGAUGAAUGUUCUCAAAAGCCCCCACCUUGUGGUCCUAACUCAGUCUGCAGAAACUUGCCAGGAAAGUAUGAGUGCAGCUGUCUGACUGGUUUCUCUUCUCCCACCGGAAAUAACUGGAUCCCUGGAAAGCCGGGAAAUUUCACCUGUAAAGACAUUAAUGAAUGCCUCUCCCGUGGGGUCUGCCCUGAGCAUUCUGAGUGCACCAACUCUUUGGGAAGCUACCGUUGCAGCUGCAAAGUUGGAUUCACCUCUAAAAACUCCAUCUGCGAAGAUGUGGAUGAAUGUGCCAAUUCCAAAAGUUGCCCAGAGCAUUCGACUUGCCAUAACAGUCUUGGAAGCUACUCUUGCGUCUGCAACCCAGGAUAUGUAUCCAGAAGUGGAAAGAAGAGUUUCCAGGGACCAGGGGAGACGUGUCAAGAUAUAGAUGAAUGUUCUCAAAAGCCCCCACCUUGUGGUCCUAACUCAGUCUGCAGAAACCUGCCAGGAAAGUAUGAGUGCAGCUGUCUGACUGGUUUCUCUUCUCCCACCGGAAAUAACUGGAUCCCUGGAAAGCCGGGAAAUUUCACCUGUAAAGAUGUGGAUGAAUGUGCCAAUUCCAAAAGUUGCCCAGAGCAUUCGACUUGCCAUAACAGUCUUGGAAGCUACUCUUGCGUCUGCAACCCAGGAUAUGUAUCCAGAAGUGGAAAGAAGAGUUUCCAGGGACCAGGGGAGACGUGUCAAGAUAUAGAUGAAUGUUCUCAAAAGCCCCCACCUUGUGGUCCUAACUCAGUCUGCAGAAACCUGCCAGGAAAGUAUGAGUGCAGCUGUCUGACUGGUUUCUCUUCUCCCACCGGAAAUAACUGGAUCCCUGGAAAGCCGGGAAAUUUCACCUGUAAAGAUGUGGAUGAAUGUGCCAAUUCCAAAAGUUGCCCAGAGCAUUCGACUUGCCAUAACAGUCUUGGAAGCUACUCUUGCGUCUGCAACCCAGGAUAUGUAUCCAGAAGUGGAAAGAAGAGUUUCCAGGGACCAGGGGAGACGUGUCAAGAUAUAGAUGAAUGUUCUCAAAAGCCCCCACCUUGUGGUCCUAACUCAGUCUGCAGAAACCUGCCAGGAAAGUAUGAGUGCAGCUGUCUGACUGGUUUCUCUUCUCCCACCGGAAAUAACUGGAUCCCUGGAAAGCCGGGAAAUUUCACCUGUAAAGAUGUGGAUGAAUGUGCCAAUUCCAAAAGUUGCCCAGAGCAUUCGACUUGCCAUAACAGUCUUGGAAGCUACUCUUGCGUCUGCAACCCAGGAUAUGUAUCCAGAAGUGGAAAGAAGAGUUUCCAGGGACCAGGGGAGACGUGUCAAGAUAUAGAUGAAUGUUCUCAAAAGCCCCCACCUUGUGGUCCUAACUCAGUCUGCAGAAACCUGCCAGGAAAGUAUGAGUGCAGCUGUCUGACUGGUUUCUCUUCUCCCACCGGAAAUAACUGGAUCCCUGGAAAGCCGGGAAAUUUCACCUGUAAAGACAUUAAUGAAUGCCUCUCCCGUGGGGUCUGCCCUGAGCAUUCUGAGUGCACCAACUCUUUGGGAAGCUACCGUUGCAGCUGCAAAGUUGGAUUCACCUCUAAAAACUCCAUCUGCGAAGAUGUGGAUGAAUGUGCCAAUUCCAAAAGUUGCCCAGAGCAUUCGACUUGCCAUAACAGUCUUGGAAGCUACUCUUGCGUCUGCAACCCAGGAUAUGUAUCCAGAAGUGGAAAGAAGAGUUUCCAGGGACCAGGGGAGACGUGUCAAGAUAUAGAUGAAUGUUCUCAAAAGCCCCCACCUUGUGGUCCUAACUCAGUCUGCAGAAACCUGCCAGGAAAGUAUGAGUGCAGCUGUCUGACUGGUUUCUCUUCUCCCACCGGAAAUAACUGGAUCCCUGGAAAGCCGGGAAAUUUCACCUGUAAAGACAUUAAUGAAUGCCUCUCCCGUGGGGUCUGCCCUGAGCAUUCUGAGUGCACCAACUCUUUGGGAAGCUACCGUUGCAGCUGCAAAGUUGGAUUCACCUCUAAAAACUCCAUCUGCGAAGAUGUGGAUGAAUGUGCCAAUUCCAAAAGUUGCCCAGAGCAUUCGACUUGCCAUAACAGUCUUGGAAGCUACUCUUGCGUCUGCAACCCAGGAUAUGUAUCCAGAAGUGGAAAGAAGAGUUUCCAGGGACCAGGGGAGACGUGUCAAGAUAUAGAUGAAUGUUCUCAAAAGCCCCCACCUUGUGGUCCUAACUCAGUCUGCAGAAACCUGCCAGGAAAGUAUGAGUGCAGCUGUCUGACUGGUUUCUCUUCUCCCACCGGAAAUAACUGGAUCCCUGGAAAGCCGGGAAAUUUCACCUGUAAAGACAUUAAUGAAUGCCUCUCCCGUGGGGUCUGCCCUGAGCAUUCUGAGUGCACCAACUCUUUGGGAAGCUACCGUUGCAGCUGCAAAGUUGGAUUCACCUCUAAAAACUCCAUCUGCGAAGAUGUGGAUGAAUGUGCCAAUUCCAAAAGUUGCCCAGAGCAUUCGACUUGCCAUAACAGUCUUGGAAGCUACUCUUGCGUCUGCAACCCAGGAUAUGUAUCCAGAAGUGGAAAGAAGAGUUUCCAGGGACCAGGGGAGACGUGUCAAGAUAUAGAUGAAUGUUCUCAAAAGCCCCCACCUUGUGGUCCUAACUCAGUCUGCAGAAACCUGCCAGGAAAGUAUGAGUGCAGCUGUCUGACUGGUUUCUCUUCUCCCACCGGAAAUAACUGGAUCCCUGGAAAGCCGGGAAAUUUCACCUGUAAAGACAUUAAUGAAUGCCUCUCCCGUGGGGUCUGCCCUGAGCAUUCUGAGUGCACCAACUCUUUGGGAAGCUACCGUUGCAGCUGCAAAGUUGGAUUCACCUCUAAAAACUCCAUCUGCGAAGAUGUGGAUGAAUGUGCCAAUUCCAAAAGUUGCCCAGAGCAUUCGACUUGCCAUAACAGUCUUGGAAGCUACUCUUGCGUCUGCAACCCAGGAUAUGUAUCCAGAAGUGGAAAGAAGAGUUUCCAGGGACCAGGGGAGACGUGUCAAGAUAUAGAUGAAUGUUCUCAAAAGCCCCCACCUUGUGGUCCUAACUCAGUCUGCAGAAACCUGCCAGGAAAGUAUGAGUGCAGCUGUCUGACUGGUUUCUCUUCUCCCACCGGAAAUAACUGGAUCCCUGGAAAGCCGGGAAAUUUCACCUGUAAAGACAUUAAUGAAUGCCUCUCCCGUGGGGUCUGCCCUGAGCAUUCUGAGUGCACCAACUCUUUGGGAAGCUACCGUUGCAGCUGCAAAGUUGGAUUCACCUCUAAAAACUCCAUCUGCGAAGAUGUGGAUGAAUGUGCCAAUUCCAAAAGUUGCCCAGAGCAUUCGACUUGCCAUAACAGUCUUGGAAGCUACUCUUGCGUCUGCAACCCAGGAUAUGUAUCCAGAAGUGGAAAGAAGAGUUUCCAGGGACCAGGGGAGACGUGUCAAGAUAUAGAUGAAUGUUCUCAAAAGCCCCCACCUUGUGGUCCUAACUCAGUCUGCAGAAACCUGCCAGGAAAGUAUGAGUGCAGCUGUCUGACUGGUUUCUCUUCUCCCACCGGAAAUAACUGGAUCCCUGGAAAGCCGGGAAAUUUCACCUGUAAAGACAUUAAUGAAUGCCUCUCCCGUGGGGUCUGCCCUGAGCAUUCUGAGUGCACCAACUCUUUGGGAAGCUACCGUUGCAGCUGCAAAGUUGGAUUCACCUCUAAAAACUCCAUCUGCGAAGAUGUGGAUGAAUGUGCCAAUUCCAAAAGUUGCCCAGAGCAUUCGACUUGCCAUAACAGUCUUGGAAGCUACUCUUGCGUCUGCAACCCAGGAUAUGUAUCCAGAAGUGGAAAGAAGAGUUUCCAGGGACCAGGGGAGACGUGUCAAGAUAUAGAUGAAUGUUCUCAAAAGCCCCCACCUUGUGGUCCUAACUCAGUCUGCAGAAACCUGCCAGGAAAGUAUGAGUGCAGCUGUCUGACUGGUUUCUCUUCUCCCACCGGAAAUAACUGGAUCCCUGGAAAGCCGGGAAAUUUCACCUGUAAAGACAUUAAUGAAUGCCUCUCCCGUGGGGUCUGCCCUGAGCAUUCUGAGUGCACCAACUCUUUGGGAAGCUACCGUUGCAGCUGCAAAGUUGGAUUCACCUCUAAAAACUCCAUCUGCGAAGAUGUGGAUGAAUGUGCCAAUUCCAAAAGUUGCCCAGAGCAUUCGACUUGCCAUAACAGUCUUGGAAGCUACUCUUGCGUCUGCAACCCAGGAUAUGUAUCCAGAAGUGGAAAGAAGAGUUUCCAGGGACCAGGGGAGACGUGUCAAGAUAUAGAUGAAUGUUCUCAAAAGCCCCCACCUUGUGGUCCUAACUCAGUCUGCAGAAACCUGCCAGGAAAGUAUGAGUGCAGCUGUCUGACUGGUUUCUCUUCUCCCACCGGAAAUAACUGGAUCCCUGGAAAGCCGGGAAAUUUCACCUGUAAAGACAUUAAUGAAUGCCUCUCCCGUGGGGUCUGCCCUGAGCAUUCUGAGUGCACCAACUCUUUGGGAAGCUACCGUUGCAGCUGCAAAGUUGGAUUCACCUCUAAAAACUCCAUCUGCGAAGAUGUGGAUGAAUGUGCCAAUUCCAAAAGUUGCCCAGAGCAUUCGACUUGCCAUAACAGUCUUGGAAGCUACUCUUGCGUCUGCAACCCAGGAUAUGUAUCCAGAAGUGGAAAGAAGAGUUUCCAGGGACCAGGGGAGACGUGUCAAGAUAUAGAUGAAUGUUCUCAAAAGCCCCCACCUUGUGGUCCUAACUCAGUCUGCAGAAACCUGCCAGGAAAGUAUGAGUGCAGCUGUUUGACUGGUUUCUCUUCUCCCACCGGAAAUAAAUGGAUCCCUGGAAAGCCGGGAAAUUUCACCUGUAAAGAUAUUAAUGAAUGCCUCUCCCGUGGGGUCUGCCCUGAGCAUUCUGAGUGCACCAACUCUUUGGGAAGCUACCGUUGCAGCUGCAAAGUUGGAUUCACCUCUAAAAACUCCAUCUGCGAAGAUGUGGAUGAAUGUGCCAAUUCCAAAAGUUGCCCAGAGCAUUCGACUUGCCAUAACAGUCUUGGAAACUACUCUUGUGUCUGCAAGCCCGGUUAUCAAUCCAGAAGUGGAAGGAAAAGUUUCCAGGGACCAGGAGAGACGUGUGAAGAUAUAGAUGAAUGUUCUCAAAGGCCCCUACCUUGUGGUCCUAACUCAGUCUGCAGAAACUUGCCAGGAAUAUAUGAGUGCAGCUGUUUGACUGGUUUCUCGUCUCCCACUGGAAAUAAUUGGAUCCCUGGAAAGUCAGGUCAUUUUACCUGCACAGACAUUAAUGAAUGCCUCUCCCGUGGGGUCUGCCCUGAGCAUUCUGAGUGCACCAACUCUUUGGGAAGCUACCGCUGCAGCUGCAAAGUUGGAUUCACUUCUAAAAACUCCAUCUGUGAAGAUGUGGAUGAAUGUGCCAAUCCCAGAAGCUGCCCAGAGCAUUCGACUUGCCACAACAGUCUUGGAAACUACUCUUGUGUCUGCAACACAGGAUAUGAAUCCAGAAGUGGAAAGAAGAAUUUCCAGGGACCAGGAGAAACAUGUGAAGAUGUGGAUGAAUGUUCCAGGAACUCAGCUCUUUGUGGUCCCAGUUCUAUCUGCACCAACAUCCCAGGAAAAUACAGUUGCUCCUGCUUGCCGGGGUUCUUUUCACCUGGUGUGUGGAGCCCUGAAAAACCUGAGGCCUUCAAGUGUGCAGAUAUUGAUGAGUGCCUUCAGGAUCCCUCACGAUGCGGCCCAAAUUCUGUCUGUACCAACACCCCGGGCUCCUACAGCUGUGGCUGCAUUGUAGGUUUUCAUCCCAAUCCAGAUGACUCCUGGAAACACGGCAACUUCAGCUGCCAAAGGAUUCCCUUCAAGUGUAAAGAUGAUGUGGUACCCGACAACAAGCAGGUCCAGUUAUGCCAUGUGGGAGCAGCAGUGGAGCCUAAAUAUGUUUCCUUUUGUGCGCUGAUGAAUGCCACUGUCGACGUUCUGGACAAUGUCUGUAAAAACAAAACCACUGUCGUCUCUUUGAAGAGUACGGCUAAGAGAUUUGCCUCUGUGAUUGAAAACACAUCCAAGUGGUCCAACUUCACCAAAGAAGAGACCUCUACACUGGCCACAGUCUUGCUGGAGAGCGUGAAAAGCACCACGUUGGCAGCUUUUCUGAAACCCUCAGCGAAUGUCAGUCAGACUAUUCAGACGAAACACUUAGAUAUCGAGAGCAAAGUGAUCGACAAAGAAUGUGCUAAGGAGAACGAGACAUUUAAGUUGAAAGCAAAAGGGGAUGAAAUGAAGAUUUGGUGUUCCACGAUCAAAGAAUCUGAAUCCACAGGGAUCAACGGGGUGGCUUUCGUUUCCUUUGCGGGUAUGGAGUCUGUUUUGGAUGAGCGCUUCUUGCAAGAUCUUCAGAACCCCUGGGCCAACUCCAAGAAGAAGCUGAAGAUGAAUUCUCGUGUUGUUGGGGGCAUCAUAACAGGAGGGAAGAAAGACGGGUUCUCUAAACCAGUCAUCUAUACUCUGGAGAACAUCAAGCCAAAGCAGGAUUUUGAGACUGCUAUCUGCGUUUCCUGGAGACCAGAUGUGGAGGGAGGCAGAUGGACAACCUCAGGCUGUGUGCUCCUUGAAGCUUCCAAGACGCAUACUGUCUGCGGCUGUAAUCGAAUGGUGAACUUGGCUGUCGUCAUGGCUUCUGGGGAGCUCACGAUGGAGUUCACCCUGUACCUCAUCAGUCACGUGGGCACGAUCAUCUCACUGGUGUGUCUCGCCACGGCCAUCAUCACCUUCCUGGUGUGUCGCACCAUCCGAAACCAGAACACCUACGUCCACCUGCACCUCUGCAUAUGCCUCUUCUUGGCCAAGAUACUGUUUCUCACUGGUGCGGACAAGACCGACAACCAGAUGGGCUGCGCCCUCAUCGCAGGCUUUCUGCACUACCUUUUCCUUGCAUGCUUCUUCUGGAUGCUGGUGGAGGCUGUGAUGCUCUUCCUUAUGGUCAGGAACCUGAAAGUGGUGAAUUACUUCAGUACUCGGAACAUCAAGAUGCUGUAUCUCUGCACCUUUGGCUAUGGGCUCCCGGGGCUAGUGGUGGCUGUCUCUGCUGGCUUACAACCACAGGGUUAUGGGAUGUAUAAUCGCUGCUGGCUGAAUACAGAAACAGGGUUCAUCUGGAGCUUCCUGGGGCCGGUGUGCACAAUUAUAGUGGUCAACUCCAUCCUCCUGACUUGGACGCUAUGUAUCCUGAGGCAGAAGCUUUCUAGUGUCAGUGCGGAAGUCUCCACGCUCAAAGACACCAGGUUACUGACCUUCAAAGCCUUUGCCCAGAUCUUCAUCUUGGGGUGCUCCUGGGUGUUGGGCAUUUUCCAGAUUGGACCCGUGGCCAAUAUCAUGGCUUAUCUGUUCACCAUCAUCAACAGCUUGCAGGGGGCCUUCAUCUUCCUCAUUCAUUGUCUGCUCAACCGCCAGGUACGGGAAGAAUACAGAAGAUGCAUGACCAGGAAGACUAAACCCAGCUCUGAGACCCAGACCUCAGGGAUCUUACUGUCAUCCAUUCCCUCCACUUCCAAGACGGGUUGAAGUCCCUUCUUGCUUUCAAACACACAACGGAACAACAUCUCAGGAAACCAGGUGCCUGCAGAAGCCUUCUCUGAAAUCUCUCCUCAGCUUAGUGUGGAAAUGCAGUAUCUCGCCAGCCCUAGAACUCUCUGGGCAAUUUGGAUUAUGGAUGAUUGGGUGGGGAGGUCUUCCCAUGGCUUCCUUCCCUGGUGAGAAAAGAAGAGCUUCUGUUCCAGCUUACCAUUUUAUCUUCCGUUUUCUGCAACUCUGACUUUUCAGAGUUUUGUGGAGAUAACAGAUCCCAGUGCAAUGGCAGGACCAAGGACUUCUGGCUACCACUUUGAUUUGUCCUAAGUCCAUUGAUGUGUGGCUUUAAGCAUGCCUCUCCAGCUUCUAUCACAUGCUUCACACACAGAGUAACCCUCAAUAAAUGAUUUGUUUUCUGA